CAACUCUGAAAUAUCCAGAACAAAAGAUCUAAUUAAGGUGUCUCUGUGACCAGAUCCUUCUGCUUUGAUGGAUUAUACACUUGAACCCAGUUUGACACCUGACUACUAUUAUCCCGAAGACAUCUCAAGUCCCUGCAAUGGGGAGCUGAUUCAGAGUGACAGCAAGUUGCUUCUUGUCAUCGUUUACUGCCUCCUGUUUGUAUUUGGUCUUCUGGGAAACAGCCUCCUCAUCCUGGUCCUCAUCUCCUGCAAGAAGCUGAGGAGCAUCACGGACAUAUACCUCUUGAACCUGGCCCUGUCAGACCUGCUUUUUGUGUUCUCCUUCCCUUUUCUGACUCACUAUCAGCUGGACCAGUGGGUGUUUGGGGCCAUAAUGUGCAAGAUGGUCUCUGGCUUUUAUUAUAUUGGUUUCUUCAGCAGCAUGUUCUUUAUCACCCUCAUGAGUGUGGACAGGUAUCUGGCAAUCGUCCAUGCAGUGUAUGCUGUAAAAGUGAGGACAGCUAGAAGGGGCACAGCCAUGAGCCUGGCAGUGUGGCUGGCUGCCAUAGCGGCUGCCAGCCCGUUACUGGUGUUUUACCAAGUGGACUCUGAAGAUGGCAUGCUAAAGUGUUACCCAUAUUACAAUCAACAGGCUUCAAAGUGGAAGAUCUUCAUCCACUUUGAAAUCAAUAUCUUAGGCCUGUUGAUUCCAUUCACCAUCCUUGUGUUCUGCUACACCAGCAUCCUCCACCAGCUGAAGAACUGCCAGAACCAUAACAAGACCAAGGCUGUGAGGUUGGUGCUCCUGGUGGUCACUGCGUCUUUAUUCUUCUGGGUCCCGUUCAAUGUGGUCCUCUUCCUCUCGUCCCUGCACAAUAUGCACAUCUUGGAUGGAUGCGUCAUGAGCAAGCAACUGGCUUACGCCACCCAUGUCACAGAAACCAUUUCCUUCACUCACUGCUGUGUGAACCCGAUAAUCUAUGCGUUCAUGGGCGAGAAGUUCAAGAAACACCUCUCAGAAAUAUUUCAGAAGAGCUUCCUCUACUUUGGGAGGCAAAUCCCCAGAGAGAGCAGAGACAGCUCGCCCACCUCCCAGCAGGCCUCCCGCUCCACCACCAUGGACUACAUUUUGUGAGGAGAAUGCCUCUAAACUGGCCUCUGCCUGCCCCUCUGCUAUUCUUUCAGGAGACGAAGAUGACUUGCAUUGG